AUGAAUAGCUUGGCAGCGAUCCACGCCAUUGAGGAGGUGAACGCAGCUGGGUUCCUCCCCGGUGUGAGCCUUGGGUACAUGAUGUGCGACACCUGCAGCCAUCCCAGUAAAGCCCUGCAGAAUGUGGAGCUGAUGCUGUCAUACAACCAGUCCCUGCACACACAGUGCGACUACACUCAGUACAGGCCGGAGGUGAAGGCCAUUCUGGGGGCGCGCUACUCUGAGACAUCAGUAUCUGUGGCCAAACUUCUGAGUGUUUCCAUGGUUCCUUUGCUCAGCAGCAGCUCGUCCUCUCCUGCUCUCAGUGAUAAACAGAGGUACCCGAGUUUCCUGCGAACUAUACCCAGUGAUGUGCACCAGACCAUGGCCUUGACGCAGCUCAUGGCUCACUUCAGCUGGAACUGGGUGGGUGUGGUCUACAGAGAUGAUGAUUAUGGGAAAGCGGCUCUGCAGAGUUUCCUCAGAGAUGCACAGAGAGCUAAUGUGUGCGUUGCCUACCAGGAAGAGCUGCCCUUUCAGUUUGACCCUCAGGACAACGGCCAUGACCUGAAGCGAGUCGCGGAGCAGAUCCGCUCCUCCACUGCCCAAGUGGUCCUGCUCAUUCUCACACCCGUGCAGGUGGAAGCCAUCUUUAAAGAAAUGAUCAAAACAAAUACUAAAAAGAUCUGGCUGGCGAGUGACAGUUGGACUGUGAAUGGGCCCCUGGCUCACAUGGACGGCAUCAACCAAGUGGGAGACAUUCUAGGCUUCAUGUUUAUCGCUAGAAAGAGCGAAUCCUUUGACAAUUACCUGAAGAACCUGAGCGCUCCUGUGGGAGGCUACAAUCAGUUCAUUGAAGAGUACAAGAACCUGCGCUUCCACUGCAGCCCAGAGUGUAACAGUGACAACCCUCCCUCAUUCUGCAAGAUGAAGUCCACUGAAGCCUGCAAGGCCAGUGACCCUCAGGCUCAGAACGAUGAGUACCUGGUGCAGACUCUGGACACAGGAGCUGCCUUUCUGGAGAGAGCGGCGGUGUGGGCUGUGGCUCACAGCCUCAGGAAGGUUCUGCGGUGCAACAGGACCGUGUGCUCUGGACGGAAGGACUUCUUCCCAUGGGAGCUUUUGGUGGAACUUAGGAGAAUACACUUUGAUUACGAAAAUCAUACCUUCUACUUUGAUGAGAAUGGCGAUUCUCUGAACGGUUAUGACCUCAUCAUGUGGACCAAAGAUGGAAAUCGCCGUCAAUUCAGUAAAAUUGGACGAUAUCGUGCUCUUGAUAAAAUGAUCAAACUUGAUCAAAAAGAUUUAAUUUGGCUUUCAACAAGCAACUCAACAGUCCCUGUGUGCAGAUGCUCAGAACGAUGCAAACCCGGAUACUUUAAGAAGAUCCUCUCAGUCUCCUGUUGUUACACAUGUGUGCCCUGUGACGAGGGCAGCUUCACCGACGGCUGGGGUAACUGUCACUGCAGUGUUAGUGACCGCAGCGUUAGUGACCGCAGCGUUAGUGACCGCAGCGAUAGUGACCGCAGCGUUAGUGACCGCAGCGUUAGUGACCGCAGCGAUAGUGACCGCAGCGUUAGUGACCGCAGCGAUAGUGACCGCAGCGUUAGUGACCGCAGCGAUAGUGACCGCAGUGAUAGUGACCACAGCGUUAGUGACCGCAGCGAUAGUGACCGCAGCGUUAGUGACCGCAGCGAUAGUGACCGCAGCGUUAGUGACCGCAGCGAUAGUGACCACACGUUAGUGACCGCAGCGAUAGUGACCGCAGCGAUAGUGACCACAGUAUUAGUGACCACAGCGAUAGUGACCACAGUGAUAGUGACCACAGUGUUAGUGACCGCAGCGAUAGUGACCGCAGCGAUAGUGACCACAGUGUUAGUGACCACAGCGAUAGUGACCACAGCGUUAGUGACCGCAGCGAUAGUGACCGCAGCGAUAGUGACCACAGUGUUAGUGACCACAGCGAUAGUGACCACAGUGUUAGUGACCACAGCGUUAGUGACCACAGCGAUAGUGACCACAGCGAUAGUAACCAGUGUUAGUGACCGCAGCGUUAGUGACCGCAGCGAUAGUGACCGCAGCGAUACGAUAGUGACCACAGCGAUAGUAACCAGUGUUAGUGACCGCAGCGAUAGUGACCACAGUGUUAGUGACCACAGCGAUAGUGACCACAGUGUUAGUGACCGCAGCGAUAGUGACCACAGCGAUAGUAUCCGCAGCGUUAGUGACCGCAGCGAUAGUGACCACAAUGUUAGUGACCGCAGCGAUAGUGACCACAAUGUUAGUGACCGCAGCGAUAGUGACCGCAGCGAUAGUGACCGCAGCGAUAGUGGCCGCAGCGAUAGUGACCGCAGCGUUAGUGACCGCAGCAUUAACCAUGAAGACUGCAAACUGUGCCCAACCGAUACCUGGUGUCUCAAAGGCCAAGACCACUGCGUCCCUCGAUGGGAGUUCUUCCUGCGCUGGAACGAAGCCCUUCCCAUUACGAUCCUGGUCGCCACGUUGCUCGGCUUCCUGCUUUUGCUGAUUGUCUUGAUCCUAUUCUGGGUCUACAGAAACUCCUCGGCGAUGAAGAGAGCCGAGGUGGCCAUCUCUACGGUCAUGAUCGCCGGUUUGUCCGUUAGCUUCGCCAGCGUCAUCUGCUUCAUGGGCAAACCCAACAUCCACCUUUGCCGCGCCCGCCAGGUCAUGUACGCGCUGGGCUUCACCAUGUGCGUGUCAUGCGUCCUGGUCAAAGCCUACCGCACGUUCUUAGCCUUCCUGCCAUUUGGGAGAGUCCUACACCGCAGACUGAAAAAGUUCUACCAACCAGCCGCUAUCAUCGUCGUCCUGACCAUCCUCCAGGGGGUCAUCUGCUGCCUUUGGCUCAUCUUUGACUCUCCCGAUAUCGACCAGACCCCGCCUUCCCCGCUCAAUUUGAAAAAAGUCAUCCAGUGUCACGAGGGACCAAAAUACAUUGGGUUUGGGAUCAUGUUGAGCUACGUGGCCUUGUUGGCGCUGGUUGGGUUCCUCUUGGCGUUCAAAGGCAGGAAGGUCCCGCAGCAGUUCAGCGAGACUGGCUACAUCAUCUUUAGCAUGCUAAUGUACUUGUUUGUUUGGGUUUGCUUCGUCCCCGUCUACAUCACCAACAAGGAAGAGCGUACGGCGGUCCAGGCAUCUGCCAUCCUCGUCUCCAACUACGGAAUCAUCUUUUGCCAUUUCUUGCCCAAGUGCUACGAAGCCAUCUGGGGGUCGGACACCGAUACCAUGGACAGGUUUUUUAAUAGAAUGAAGGCGAUGGCUCGACGCACCAUCAACAACGGGAGUCCAGGGUCAGAGAAUCACAUACACGUCCCAUCCAUUCGUACCAUCGAGGAAAACGCAAAAAGCAGCUCUUCGCCGGUGGAGGAUGUGAGCCCCACUCAAAGCAACAAGUCUCUCGAACAGCUCAGACCAGACGACACAAACACAGUCUCCAAUCGAAAAUGUCAUUACUCUAUGAAAUAUAACCCUCCUCGUGUUCCAAGGCUGCGACUACGGAGCAACUCGCAUUAA